GACUAAUAAUAUUUUGAUUUAGUAUACUCUUGAAGAGUGACACUGACACAACAGAUUAGUAUGAUUUUCAGAUAAAAAAUAAAAAAGAGAAAUUUCGCAGGUGGGACCCAUAAAUUGAAUGCUCCAUAGCAGUUAGUGAUCCUUUUUAAGACAGACGAGAAGAAAGACAAAGGAAGAUCAUAUCUUUCUCUCACUUCCAAUUUUGGUGGAUAUUUUAGAGAGAGAACUUGAGGGAGCUUUGCUGCAACCUGAGGAAGGAGUUUACUCCAACAAUGGGUCUCAAGAAUCUACUAGUAGUUCUCUUUUGUUUGGCUUUCAUAAGCCCCUACCUUUUCCCAACUACCGAAGCCUUGGUGAGAAUGGCUCUAAAGAAGCGCGUGCUUGAUCGUGAUACUUUAAAUGCAAUGAGAAUUGGAAGAAAGUUGGAAUUGGAUCAAGAAGCUAGGAACACACUUCAUUCUCGUUAUGACAGUCCGGAUCCAGAUGUAGUGUAUUUGAAGGAUUACUUGGGUGCUCAAUACUAUGGAGAGAUUAGUAUUGGAACACCUCCUCAAACAUUUUCCGUGAUAUUUGAUACCGGAAGUUCUAACCUUUGGGUCCCAUCAUCAAAAUGCUUGUUUUCCAUUCCUUGCUAUUUCCACUCCAAGUACAGUGCAAAAAAGUCAAGGACAUACACUGCCAUCGGUAAAUCUUGUCAUAUAAGGUAUGGUUCGGGUUCUAUUUCUGGUUUCUUCAGUCAGGACGAUGUACAAGUUGGAGACCUUACCGUCAAGGAUCAGGUUUUCAUUGAAGCAACCAGAGAAGGAAGUAUCAGCUUUCUACUUGCCAAAUUUGAUGGUAUAUUUGGACUUGGGUUUCAAGAAAUUUCAGUUGGAAAUGUAACUCCUGUAUGGUAUAAUAUGGUGGAUCAAGAACUUGUGAAGGACCCGGUUUUCUCGUUCUGGCUUAACAGAGACCCAUCUGCUGAAGUUGGCGGGGAAUUAGUAUUUGGAGGAGUUGAUGAGAAACAUUUCAAGGGAAGGCAUACUUAUGUGUCGCUAUCCGAGAAAGGUUAUUGGCAGUUCAAUAUGGGAGAUUUCUUGAUUGGAAACUACUCAACAGGUUUCUGUGAUGGGGGUUGUGCUGCUAUUGUAGACUCAGGGACAUCAUUACUUGCUGGACCAACGCAUGUUGUUACUGAAAUCAACCAUGCUAUUGGUGCCAAAGGUAUUAUAAGCAACGAGUGCAAAGAUAUCGUUACUCAGUAUGGAGAUAUGAUUUGGGAUCUUUUGGUGGCAGGGGUAAGUCCCAAUAAAGUAUGCUCUCAGAUUAACUUAUGCGGCAUGCAUGGCAGUGCUGGUAUCGAAUCAGUUGUAGAAAGAGAGAACAAGAAGGAUGUGUUAGGUGUAGACCCCUUAUUCUGUACUGCCUGUCAGAUGACUGUGGUUUGGGUUCAGAAUCAAUUGAGACAAGAUCAGACCAAGGAUGCUGUACUCCAGUAUGUGAACAAGCUUUGCAAUAGUUUACCAAGUCCGAACCAAGAAUCAGUUGUUGACUGUGACAGCAUCCCCAACUUGCCAAAUGUGACUUUCACUAUUGCUGAUAAAGAAUUCACACUAACCCCUGAACAGUACAUUAUGAAAACCGGAGAAGGGUUUGCAACUAUCUGCCUUAGCGGAUUCAUGGCAUUUGAUGUGGCUCCUCCUAGGGGUCCCCUGUGGAUUCUUGGAGAUAUUUUCAUGGGAGCUUAUCACACUGUGUUUGACUACGGUAAUCUUCAGCUAGGUUUCGCUGAAUCUGCUUAAGCUGAAAUCCCUGCUCGUGCCAUGUAAUUAUAUAGCUGUGUAAAAGUAGUAGUCGUUGUUUAAAUGUUGUUGUAGACGAAGGAAGGGAGAAUACGUACGUACCAGCACAUAUUGUUAUGUGAUGCUGGUGUUCUGUAACGUAAAUCAAACGCAGGUUGUUGCAGAUUUUAGUUUGUUGACAGCUAUUUAUGCAUCUUCAACUUGUCUUUUA